UCGACGUCACGGCGCCGCGGCCCCGCCCCCGCGCGGGCACCUCCCCCUGCCCGGGCCGGGCGGCUGGAGAGCGGAGUCCGGGCGCGCGGGGCCGCCUCGCCGCGCCUCCCGACGAGUCUCCUGGCAGACGGCCUCGGCUGGCCCUGAGCGGCGGUGCCCGGGGAUGAGCGUGCCCAGGGCAGAUGUGACCCGUCGCUGAAGCCGGCCCCGAGCCCCCCGGCCCAGCAUGCGCCUGUCCGCGCGGAGGGCGCUGCUGGCCGCGGGCUGCGCGCUCACGCUGGUGCUGGCCGUGCAGCUGGGGCGGCAGGCGCUGGAGUGCCGCGCGGCGCUGCAGGGCGCGCGGGGGCCCCGGCGCGUGAUGCGGCGCGAGCAGGAGGACCUGGUGGUCCUGGGCGCCGACCGCGUGGAGUACCGCUACGGCACGGGCAUGCCGCUCAUCUUCGUGGGCGGCGUGCCCCGCAGCGGCACCACGCUCAUGCGCGCCAUGCUCGACGCGCACCCCGAGGUGCGCUGCGGCGAGGAGACGCGCAUCAUCCCGCGCGUGCUGGCCAUGCGCCAGGCCUGGUCCAAGUCGGGCCGCGAGAAGCUGCGGCUGGACGAGGCGGGCGUGACGGACGAGGUGCUAGACGCCGCCAUGCAGGCCUUCAUCCUGGAGGUCAUCGCCAAGCACGGCGAGCCGGCGCGCGUGCUGUGCAACAAGGACCCCUUCACGCUCAAGUCGUCCGUGUACCUGUCGCGCCUCUUCCCCAACUCCAAGUUCCUGCUGAUGGUGCGCGACGGCCGCGCCUCCGUGCACUCCAUGAUCACGCGCAAGGUCACCAUCGCGGGCUUCGACCUCAGCAGCUACCGCGACUGCCUCACCAAGUGGAACAAGGCCAUCGAGGUGAUGUACGCGCAGUGCAUGGAGGUGGGCCGCGACAAGUGUCUGCCCGUCUACUACGAGCAGCUGGUGCUGCACCCCCACCGCUCCCUGCGCCGCAUCCUCGACUUCCUGGGCAUCGCCUGGAGCGACACCGUCCUGCACCACGAGGACCUCAUCGGCAAGCCCGGGGGCGUCUCCCUGUCCAAGAUCGAGCGCUCCACGGACCAGGUCAUCAAGCCCGUGAAUCUGGAAGCUCUGUCCAAGUGGACCGGCCACAUCCCCGGGGACGUGGUGAGGGACAUGGCCCAGAUCGCCCCCAUGCUGGCUCGGCUCGGCUACGACCCCUAUGCAAACCCCCCCAACUACGGCAACCCCGACCCCAUCGUGGUCAACAACACACACCGGGUCUUGAAAGGGGACUAUAAGACGCCAGCCAAUCUGAAAGGAUAUUUUCAGGGGAACCAGAACAGCACCUCUCCUCACCUCGGAAGCUCGUGAUUUCCAGAUCUCUGCAAACGGCUUGGUCGCCGAGAGAAGAAGAGACUUUGCAUUCGAGUGGAAAUCGGACCUCUAAUCCAAGCAUAUUGCUUGCUCUUAACCGCCGCAACGGGACCGUUCCUGGGGGAUGCCUUUGCAUAUGUUUGCAAACGUCUAUCCACUGGAAGACUGACCCCAGAAACACUCUUCUCGCGGGAACUGAACUGAAGAGUGUGGAAUGGAGUCAGGCUUCGGGAAGAUUGGUAUUUUCUAGUUUUUCUCCCCCGGAAGAACUUUUUUUUUUUUUUUUUAAGAAACAUAUUUGCCAUCCGUCCUUCGUUUGCAGGACUGCCCAGGGGAGCUUGUUGGCUGGGAUAAGGCUGCAAAGCCUGAUGCCACUGCUGUUGACCCUGACUUUUUGAAUUCAAAGAAUCUAUUUAAGAAUUUAAUAUAUGAGGCUUUCUUCGAUCCUUCCUCAGUUCGACUCACUCAGUUGCACAGAGGGGAGAAAAGAAAAUGAUUUGAAUAAAGUGAACAGGGGCUCA